CACUCUCAAUUUCAUCCUAUCAUUUGUAAAUCAUUUUUAUAAUGAUAAUCUUUUAUUUUUAUCAAUUUAAAUCUGGUCAACUGUGAUGAUUAAAAUUGUUCAUUUCAGCUCAGUCAUGGUUAAUUUAUUCUCGUUUUAAAUAAUCCGCCUUUCUAUCCUAGUGAAUCUUUUUGCGUUCUGACUUCUAUGAGUUGAUGUGGUUUUAGUCUUGAGGACAACUUCGUUUUAAAAAUGGAACAAUUAACAUUAUACGGUCAAAUUGCUUUGGAAUUCAUCCAUCCAUAUUAUAUUAUAAUGAUGGACUUUCUUCAAGCACAAAGAUCGAAAUUCAACGCAGUUGCUGGGGAAUAUGAGCCAUUCGUAUUAUUCGCAAUUACAUCUUUAUUUUGGUUCUUGAUUAUUAAAUUAUGGGCAGCCUUUAAGGCUGAUGUCAAUGAAGAUUAUUGGUCACUUUGUAAGCGAAAAUUUACAAGAAUUAUCCUGAAAAUACCUGGUCUUGGAUAUUUUGCAAAUAAAGAGAUUAAUAAAGUUCUCGGCGUCAUCGACGAUGAGUUGAUGGGAAUUUAUAAAAAUAGGACUUUCCAGACUACUUUACCUGCUCGCGGAUCCAAUGCCGACCAAGUUAUGAAGCAAGUGGAUAACUAUAUGUCAAUUGGUUCCAUCAAAUGGCAGGAAGGAAGAGUAUCUGGUGGUAUUUAUAGUGAUCAACAAGAUACUGAAUUUCUGGAUUUGAUGAGUAACGUAUACAGGAAAACAGCUUACACUAAUCCAUUACACGCUGAUGUUUUCCCUGGAAUCCGGAAAAUGGAAGCUGAAGUGGUUCGAAUGACGUGCAAUCUUUACAAAGGAGGACCUGAAGCUUGUGGAGUUGUAUCGACCGGUGGAACCGAAAGUAUUGUUUUAGCUGUAAAAGCUUAUCGUAAUUAUGCUAAAUACGUUAUGGGUAUCCGUAAUCCUGAAAUCAUUGUGCCAAUUACAGCUCAUCCUGCUUUUGAUAAAGCAGCAGAGCUCCUAAAAGUCCAGAUUAAUCAUGUUCCUGUGGAUCCAAUUACCAAAAAAGUUUACGUUAAAAAAAUGAAAGCUGCCAUAAAUGGAAAUACAUGUUUGUUGGUAGGUUCAGCGCCCGCUUUUCCUCACGGAAUUUACGAUCCAAUUGAAGAAAUUGCUAAACUAGGUAAACAAUACAACAUUCCUGUGCACGUAGAUGCUUGCCUUGGAGGUUUUUUGAAUCCUUUCGUUAAUGAUGCUGGAUAUAAAGUGGAUGAACGUUUUGACUUCAGUGUUCCUGGAGUAACAAGUAUUACCGCUGAUACACACAAAUAUGGAUACGCACCAAAGGGUACCUCUGUAGUAAUGUACGCCAACAAUGAACUUCGUCGUUAUCAAUAUUUUGUCACUCCAAAUUGGCCUGGUGGUCUUUAUGCAUCACCGACAAUUCUUGGAUCACGACCUGGUGGAGUUAUUGCUGACUGUUGGGCUGCUUUGAUGUACCAUGGUCAUGAAGGCUAUGUUUCCAAAACUAAGGCUAUUUUAGAAGUUACUCGUUAUUUUGUCAAAGAAGCUGCCAAAAUUCAAGGCCUUAAGAUUUGUGGCUCGCCAAAAUUAUCUGUGGUAGCUUUGACUUCAGAUGAUUUCAAUAUAUUUUUAUUAAGUGAUAAUCUUACUCAGAAAGGUUGGAACGUCAAUGUUUUACAAUUUCCAUCAGCCUUUCACAUUUGUUUCACUUUGAUGCACACUAAGAAAGGAGUUAUCGAUAACCUAUUACAAGACAUUCGUGAGAUUGCAUCAAAUCUUUAUGCCAAUCGUAGCAAACAUACUAAAUUAGAUGGCCAAGCUGCUCUCUAUGGUAUGUCGCAGAGUAUUCCUGAUAGAUCACUCAUUUCUUACUUUGCCAAUCAAUUUAUCGAUUCUUAUUACUCUACUCAAUACAAGUAAAUUUACUCUUAUCAAAUAACUUCAAACUAAAUUAAUCUCGAAAUAAAACUUUAUUCUUAAACUUA